AUGAUCAUGAGCUCCUAUUUGAUGGACUCUAACUACAUCGAUCCGAAAUUUCCUCCAUGCGAGGAAUAUUCGCAAAAUAGCUACAUCCCUGAGCAUAGUCCGGAAUAUUACGGCCGGACCAGGGAAUCAGGAUUUCAGCAUCACCAUCAAGAGCUGUACCCACCACCACCUCCACGGUCUAGCUAUCCCGAGCGCCAAUAUAGCUGUACCAGUCUCCAGGGACCGGGCAAUCCGAGAGGCCACGGGCCGGCUCAGGCGGGGCACCAUCACCCCGAGAAAUCGCAGCCGCUCUGCGAGCCAGCUCCUCUCUCCGGCUCCUCCACUUCCCCCUCCCCAGCCCCGCCAGCCUGCAGCCAGCCAGCCCCAGACCAUCCCUCCAGCGCCGCAUCCAAGCAGCCCAUAGUGUAUCCAUGGAUGAAAAAAAUCCACGUUAGCACGGUGAACCCCAAUUAUAAUGGAGGGGAACCCAAGCGUUCGAGGACAGCCUACACCCGCCAGCAGGUCCUGGAAUUAGAAAAAGAGUUUCAUUACAACCGCUACCUGACCCGGAGGAGAAGGAUCGAGAUCGCCCACUCUCUGUGUCUCUCCGAGCGGCAGAUCAAAAUUUGGUUCCAAAACCGUCGGAUGAAAUGGAAGAAGGACCACCGACUCCCCAACACCAAAGUCAGAUCCGCCCCAACAGCCGGAGCGGCGCCCAGCGCCCUGCCCGCAACCACCCCCGGCCCUACUGAAGACCAUUCCCAAAGCUCAACACCACAGGAGCAGCGAGCAGAGGACAUUACCAGGUUAUAA